AUAAAAGAGGCUCUGAAGUGUCUUUAAUCUCUUGAAACGGGAGAGAAGCGGAGAAUCGUGGUAAGAUCGACUUUUCAUUUUCAAUUGUCUGGAGAAGAUCAAUAUUAAGAAAGCGGGAGUUGGAUAAAACUUUCACAACCAUCGAGGUUAUCUGGUUCCAUGUUUGUAUUGCAUUUGGCUGCUCCAUACCCAGUCAAUAAACACUUCUAAAAAUGACUUCCAUGCAAAUUUGAGAUAGCUGAGAUAAUUUCUUAUCACAUUAUGCACGUUUUGAAACUUACAUGCUAACGCCUUUGUUGUUGUUGUAUAGAGCAAAUUACCAAACAUGGCCAAUUAUAAUCGUCGCAUUCCCGCUCUUCCAUCGAUUCUCUUGGCAGAAGGUGAUACUCACUAUACCUCAUCGAAGCGGACUUAUUAUACGUACGAGCGGGGAUCAAUCAUUGGCCAAAACACACCCUGGCCAGUAGAAACCUCUCCAGUUCUUGUCAAGAGGACGGUUCCUGAUUCUCCAACCUUUCGUGGCACAGCUUCCUCUCCUCACAAUGUCAGCAAUUUACCUGGCCCGGUGUCAGCCCUACGGGCACAUGCCAAUAAUUCACCUAUUCCAACCUUGUCCCCUCGCACUCGUCUGGAGAGCCAACCCAGGGGCCCAACUUCAUCCUCACGUACACGGGUAAACAACACAAAAGGUGCCCCUUCACCAAACCGAGCUGGUCCACCUUUGCGUUCUCAUUAUACGGCACAAACCACAGCUUCUGCCGCACGUAGGAUCAUCCCAACUCCGCCAGGCUCAAAUCUAUCCUCGCUUCGACGCAUCGAUAAUGCAAAAGACACUGUCUAUCAAAAACGUCAUUUUCCACCCGACUUAACAGCUCAGGAUAUAGAGUUCCUAGAGUCUUCAGAGCCUUCUGCUAAAAAGUCUUCAGCUCCCGCUUCCUCGAAACGUAGCCAAUUCGGUAAUUUGUCAUAUUCAGCUUCAUCUCCAAACAUAAACAAGUUGUCGGUCUCGAAUGAAAAUACCCCCCCGGUUCCGUUUGCUCCAAGAAGUGAGCUGCAUGAAAGAGUUUUGCACGGCCGUCGUGGAUCUGCGAACGCUAACAAUUGCUAUCCUCAUCCAUUAUAUAGCAACCCUACCGUUGCUAGCUCGUCCUUGACAGCGUCUGCUUCCAGUACUGACAUCAGCCAACCGCGUUCUCGAAGCCAAAGAAAAGCUGAGCGCGAAUCCUCAAGGAUUCCAAGUCCCACGUUAGAAUCAGGACCCAAGUUCAGACCCGCCAGCCGUCGUCAUCUACACUCCCCCAUGAGACGUGCUAUAGAGAAAGGGGAGGAAAGUCGGGCACGCAGAAAAUAUAUUUCACCAGUUGAGGCACUGCCACAAAUUCAUACAGGUAGAACAUCUCCUCCAGGACCUAAUCACAUCGCUUUUAAAGUGCCAGAAAUUACUCCAGAACCAAAAGUAGGAUCUGCUUCUUUUCCCAAGUCAAAGACAUUUGGCGUCUUCUCUACACUCAAGAACUCAUCUUCUAUUCAGUGGCUCAAUAGCAAUCGGUCAACUUCGAAUCCAAUUCGUGCUGCCGAACCCACUAUUUCAACAACAAAAUACUCUCCUAUCCCAGAAUUUACUACGAAUACUCUCCAAGUUCAUACCGCCCAACCUUCUGCUUAUUGGUGCGGUAGAUUUCAAGCUGUCUCCGACAGAUACCAGAGUGAUGAUUUUCAUGUUUGUGUUAUGAAUCCUCUUCCCGCCCCACGAGACAGCGAUAUCAAACGGGAAAAGCCAUCGGCUCACUAUAAGCGCGGUGGUAAGGGCCUCCUAGGGACUAGUUCUCCAUCUAAGUCUGAUUCACCUGCCCCACUCCUAGACAAGUCCUUCAAGAAGACCCAAGCAAAAUCAUACAAGACUGUUCUCACCUUUUCAACUCCAGCACUUUUUCUUGAAGAUUUUGACAAAAGAGCUCAGAAAGUCAUGAUAUUUCUUGCAUCAUUGUGCUGUACAAGCCCAGCCAAGAAAAGCCUUCGGGAAUGGCAAAUUCAAUAUGCCACUGCAUUGAAGAAUAAAGCUUUGAUGCCUAAAAAUGAUCCUGAUGAUAAGGGAUUCUUUGGAAGAAUGGGAAGGGUCAUUAGUGAUGGUGUCAGUGGAAACAAAAGUCUCACGAAUGGACGAGGAACUGGAAUGGGAAAGCGAAGUGCUUUCGGUCUCAGGAGAGGUGGUAGAAGUGUUGGGGAGGAUCACUGAUUAUUCUAUCUAAUUUAUGGAUCGAAGAUUGGAUGUAGUAAGAGCAAGGAUUGACAUAUUGGAGUAUUAACAUACUUACUAUUUCGGCUGCGGGGGUGGUGGAAGGUACUUGCAUAUUGAUGGAACGAACGAUAUUGGACUUACCAAUACGAAUAGAUAUAGGAGGAAUUCAAUGCGUAAGGUUUUCCGACUGGGUGCAAUGGUUAUGAGAGAUGCAAUACAAUACACUAAGAUACGAUGCAACGGAAUGAGAUACGACAAUACGAUUUUAUGACAACCUUAUGACACGCUACGAAAUGGCUCAACACAGAUACAAUAAGAUGAGGCGAGAAAAUGGACACCAAGGCAUUGUGUAUAUAGUAGCUACAGUUGAUUAUUCCGAUAUCCGAGAGAGGAGAACGGGAAGAUCA